UCAGUGGCUCGGAGCCAGCGGGGGAGCCGGUGCCAGGGCGGCUGUCGGUUCGUCUGGCGUUCGCUCCACUGUGCCGGCCGCUCUUUCAGCCUCGACACUCAGAGCAAGGAAGGUACAUCAGCCGCAACGUCUACAGCGGGAAAGGAAAACCUUAUUUACAUUCUGCUGAAACAAGACUCCGAUUGCCAAUUAUCAGAGUCCACAAACGGGUAGUGAAGUGCUUUUCCCCAGUGGCAAGGAAGUGAUUUACGGGCAACAGAACAGCAGAGAUGGAGGACGUGGCUUGUGUGACUUUUCGCGGCACGGAGAUGCUGUGGAGCUAAGCAUUUCUUUCAACGUUUGCUUGCAGUCGUUGCCGAGCCGCGGCUCCCUAUAUCUGCGGGGCAGCAGGUUGAUGUGGGAGAUGGCUUGAAGAACACUUUCUGCGAGUGAGAGAAGGGAGGGAGAUGACUUCGGUGGAGUUGUGUUUUCUAGGCCAAGAGCGGGCGUUCCCUAGACCUUGGAAGGAAUUAGGUUGGGGACUGCAUGGUUCAGAACCGCGGAGCUCCAGUUCAGCACCAGGGACAGCGCUGUUCCAGAGCGUGGGCUGUAAACCGGCGCGCCCGGACUCUAAGAUAUGCUGCGACCAGCAGCCGGAGACUUCUUUCACGUACGUUGAUGAGAAUGUCAACCUUCAACGUGCUUGCUCCCCACUGUCACAUGGAAACUGCAACCCCCCGUGCUACCAGAGCUCCUACGGCGAGAGCAGACCGUCGCCCGAUGAACUUUCCGUGUUCUCCGAUGACAGCUCGUCCGAGGACUCGGAUUCCCCUGUGGAUUAUGGCUUCAUUUGCGCCCUGCUCUUCCUCUGCAGCGGCAUCGCCCUGGUCAUCAUAUCUUACGUGAUCCCUCGGGAUGUAACUGUGGAUCCGGACAGUGUUUCAGCCCGGGAGAUGGAGCGGCUUCAGCGGCAGAGCGCCCGGAUAGGCGCUCACCUGGACAGGUGUGUGAUCGCUGGGCUUGGACUCUUGACUCUCGGCGGGAUGCUGCUCUCCACCUUGUUGAUGAUAUCCAUCUGCAAAGGACAGUUGUACCGGCGCCAGAGGUUCUCAUUGGCCGGGAGAUCAGGGAAGAUCUACGGGUCGUUCAACUUCCGCCUGGGUUCCCCCAACCAGAGAUUCUCACUGGGUGCAGAGGAGCUGGUUGCUAUCGAUUAAUGGUGAUGUGUAUCCUAAACAUGGUUCUUUACACAUGUUACAAAUUUUAAAUUGUCAAAUUGUCCAGUA